AUGUUAAUUGGGUCAUGCCGACAACAGACAUACCAAUUAUGCCAUGAGUUGAUUAAAGAAACCAAGGAGAAUGAAGAACUGAGUGAAGUUGAGGAGAAACCUGGAGAAAAACAUAUUCAGUCGAUCAACACACCUGAAAAUGCACGAGAUGAUCCACACUGGAGAGAACCGUUCACAUGUGAUCAGUGCGGGAAGAGUUUCACACAAUUAUCAAGCCUUAAGAAACACAUCAAUAUCCACACUGGAGAGAAACCGUACACAUGUUCACACUGUGACAAGAGAUUUAGUCAGUCAGGAUUCCUGAAAACACACGAGAGGAUCCACACUGGAGAGAAACCGUACACAUGUUCACAUUGUGACAAGAGAUUCACUCAGUCAGGAAUCCUGAAAACACAUGAGAGGAUCCACAGCAGAGAGAAACCAUACACUUGUGAUCAGUGUGGGAAGAGUUUCAGACAAUCAUCAAGCCUUAAGAAACACAUCAACAUCCACACUGGAGAAAAACGGUAUAAAUGUUCAAACUGUGACAAGAGAUUUACUCAGUCAGGAUUCCUGAAAACACACGAGAGGAUCCACACUGGAGAGAAACCGUACACAUGUGAUCAGUGCGGGAAGAGCUUCACAAUAAAAGGAAACCUUACAGAGCAUAUGAGAGUGCAUACUGGAGAGAAGCCGUUCUCUUGUGAUCAAUGUGGGAAGAGUUUCACACAAUCAUCAACCGUUAAGGAUCACAUGAACAUCCACAUUAUAGAGAAGCUGUACGCAUGUGAUCAAUGCAGCAAAACAUUUUUGAGAGCUUCAGUCCUGAAUAAACACCUGAGAGUUCAUACAAAGGAGAGGCCACAUUCAUGUUCUUUGUUUGGAAAGAGUUGUUCACAUCUAGAACAUUUGAAAGAACAUCAGAAAAUACAUACUGCUGUGAGAGAGUACAUGUGCUUUGAGUGUGAAAAUACUUUUACUACAGCGCAGUGUUUAAAACGGCACGAGAUGAUUCACACUGGAGAAAAACCUUAUAAGUGUUCAGACUGUGACAAGAGAUUCAGUGAUUCAGGACAUCUGAAAAGACACGAGAGGAUCCACACUGGAGAGAAACCGUAUCACUGUUAAUUUCGUUGACGAAUA